UAGGCUGUAAUGGCUUCUUUUCUCUCUUUUCCCUCUUCUCCUGUGAGCUCCGACUCUUUAGCUGGAGUCGUGAGGAGGCUACUCUUCUCUUCUUGCCUGUCACUCAUCCCUUUCAAUUAGCCCACUCUGUAACCGUUGCUUUGCGAGUCAAAACUGGAUAAGAGAGUGCCUGUGAGAAGGAUAAAGAGAGAAUUAAGGAAGAAGACAUUGCUUCCCGCGUUUUCUAUCCCUCCUUCUGCCACCACCUCUUUCUUCUCUUUCUUUUUCUCAUGCGUGCAAGCCAUUCUCAAUCCACCGUCUAAUCUUUAUCUGCUCCUUAAGGGUUUUCAAGUUUUAUCCCUUUGUGAGUUUCUGCAUCCUCAUUCCAGAAACCAUCUCUGCUUAUAUAUAUGUUACUUUUUUCAAAAACUUCUCAAAUCGUGUAGUCUCCAUCAGUCUUGAAAGAUCAAGCUUCAGAUGUUUACUUGUCGUCGAUUAGGUGAGAGAAUUUCAUGCUCUAUCUGAUUCUAAAUCUGAUGAUUUCCUUCUCAGCUUAGAGCAAUUAUUGGGUUAAGGAAGGUGGGUUUCUAUCUUUCGUAUUUUAUUGUCAUUUUUAAUUGGAAGUUAAAGAUUUUCACAGACCCAUUAAGCUUAGCUUUGGGGUGUUUCAGCUGGAAUGUUGCAUUUUCAAAAGAUGAUUACUAGAUGAUGCAAAGCUUGAGACUGGUCUCCGCUCGAAAAUAGAGAAUUUUUUUCUUGCCGUCAGGAAACCGUCAGCUUAGAUCUGGGGUUUAGCCGGGGGAUUUUCGUGUUUAUGGAUCUGAGUACAAGGGUUUGCACGAUAGUUAUCCGAGUUGGGCACUGAGGUUCCAGAUUGAAUAUCUGUUUCUUUUGGGUUCUAAUCAGGAUCUGAAUUGUGCAUCGAUGGGAGGACAAUUCAGCAAGAGGACAGGGGAGGCUCCGCCCCCUGCUCCGCCCCUUGCUCCGCCCGUCCUUCAGUUCGAUACCGAUUUGCAGUACACUGCGGAGUUGAGCUCAUAUGAAGCAGCAUGCAGAAUCGACCCAGAUUUGCAGUCUUUUGAUCGCACCCUGCAAACCCACACUAACCGUGUCAUAAACUCGCUCGCCUCUGGGGUUGAGGUUCGAGCGCUCUCCAUUGACUCACUGAAAGAAGUUACAGGAAGCCUGCUUGAGAUGAACCAGGAAGUCGUCAGAGUCAUCUUAAAUUGUAAACAAGAUAUAUGGAAAAACCAGGAACUCUUCGAGCUUGUGGAGGAUUACUUCGAGAACAGUCUGAAAACCUUGGAUUUCUGCACGGCCACAGAGAAAUGCCUAAAGAAAGCCCGUGACAGCCAGUUGAUCCUUCAUGUUGCAUUGCAACAAUUUGAAAAGGAGGAAGGGGUAGAUGGCAAAAAGUAUUCGUUGACACUGGAGGAACUGAACAAUUUCAAGGCUGCUGGGAAUCCAUUCACGGAGGACUUCUUCCAGGACUUCCAAACGGUUUACAAGCAUCAGGUGUUGAUGUUAGAGAAGCUGCUACUUCGAAGGAACAAACUUGAUAAGAAGCUCAAAUCGAUAAAAGCAUGGAGGAAGGUUUCAAGCAUUAUAUUUGGUGCAACUUUUGCUGCCAUUCUUAUUUGCUCGGUAGUGGCAGCUGCCAUGGCAGCGCCUCCUGUUGUUGCUGCUCUGGCAGCAGCCACUUCCAUUCCUAUAGGGUCAAUGGGUAGGUGGAUUAAUUCACUUUGGACGGGCUAUGAGAAUGCACUGAAAGGACAGGGGGAUGUGAUUAGCUCAAUGCAGGCUGGCACUUAUGUCGCAAUCCAGGACUUGGAUAGUAUUCGGGUUCUGGUUGAUCGCUUGGAAAUAGAGAUCCAGACUCUAUUGCAGAAUGCUGAUUUCGCCCUUAGGGAAGGGGAGGCAGUGAAGAUUGUAGUGGAGGAGAUCGAGAAGAAGUUGGGGGGUUUUAUGAAAAGCAUUGAAGAUUUGAGUGAACAAGUUGACAGAUGCAGCCGGGAUAUACGCAGGGCGAGGACAGUGGUUCUGCAGAGGAUAAUUAAACAACCCAACAACUGAAGAGAAACCUCUUGAUUGAUAAGCGGGAUUGCUACAUUGGAAAUUGUUGGAAGUAUUUGAAGCAGGCUUUCGAAGUAAAAAAAAAAAAGAGCAACCCAAUGCAUGAGGCUCCUGCUAUUGUAGGGUCUAGGAGGGGCAAAUGUACACAGCCUUAUCCUCUGCUUCGUAGGAGAGUCUGUUUCUAAGUUUUGAACCUGUGAUCCAACAUGUUGCAACAAUGCAGGCUUUUGAUGUAAGUCAACAAAUUGUAGAUCAUUUUUUUUUUUUCUUUUUCAUUUAGUUAUUUGCAAAAUGCAAGAUAUAGGGGUCCAAGUAUAUAGAAAUUUCUUUUAUGGUUGGAAAUUGAAACCCAUGUUUUAUUGUAUUUAUUGUGUUUAUUGAUAUAGUCUUUGCGGUUAUGAUGUCAUUGACACUAUAGAGUGUUCAUUGAAUAUGAAGCUCCAGGAAUUUCUUUGAA